AGACAUUAACAGACUAGUCAGACAUACAACCAUGGUAGCUGAAGCACUUGCAAAGCAUAUUUAUAAUUUUUCAGAGGGUAGCAUUUUUAAAGGCUCAUUAGGUGUACAAAAGAGUCAUUUAGAAGCCUGGAUUAGUUAUUUAAGUUCCCAACCACGAUCACCACAACUACUAUGUAAUAAAGACAACAUUUUAGUUAACUCUUUGCAAGAAGCUUUUAAUCGUUUCCUAAGAGAGAUCAAAGUUUCUACCGUACAGCCUGACAAAAGAGACCCCGACUUUACGUUUUAUGAUGUCACCAAAGGCAUGAUGAACAUUUACAGUGUAAAGCCAGCCGUCUUUGAUCUCGUACUAACAAUAGUAAUUGUUUUGUACUUAAGCAUUGUAUACCUUGUAGUACUAAAGUUCCCUUAUAUUUACGUAAUUUCCUGUAAUUUAAUUUCAUAUAAGAAAGUUAAAGCGAAUUGAGAUCAAAUUUUUGAUCGAAUGUUUUAGUAUUAUAUAAUUGUUGAAUUAUGUAUGUAGCAAUGAUAUUGUUAUAAAAAAAAGUAGUUAAUUAAAUAUUCUUUUGGUCUAGACAAAAAGUUACUGCAGCAAUAAACGAAAUAAAUUGUUCA